GUGCUGUUUAUAAAGGGCACACUACCUGGAGCUAGGAGCUCUGUACCAGCCCCUACAACCCUGCCGAUCUGAAGCACCUGCCUCUACAGAUGGCAUUGUCCCAGCCCAGUUCCUUCUCAGCCACCGAGCUUCUCCUGGCCUCUGCCGUCUUCUGCCUGGUAUUCUGGGUGGUCCGCGCCUGGCGGCCUCGGGUCCCCAAAGGCCUGAAGAGUCCACCAGGGCCCUGGGGCUGGCCCCUGCUCGGGCACAUGCUGACCCUGGGGAAGAACCCACACCUGGUGCUGUCACGGCUGAGCCAGCGUUAUGGGGACGUGCUGGAGAUCCGCAUUGGCUGCACACCUGUGCUGGUGCUCAGCGGCCUGGACACCAUCCGGCAGGCCCUGGUGCGGCAGAGCGAUGAUUUCAAGGGCCGGCCUGACUUCUACAGCUUCACCCUGGUCUCUGAUGGCAACAGCAUGACCUUCAACCCAGACUCUGGACCAGUGUGGGCUGCCCGCCGGCGCCUGGCCCAGAACGCCCUGAAGAGUUUCUCCAUCGCCUCGGACCCGGCUUCCGUGUCCUCCUGCUACCUGGAGGAGCAUGUGAGCAAGGAGGCUGAAGCCCUCAUUGCCAGGUUCCAGGAGCUGAUGGUAGAGGCUGGGCGCUUCGACCCCUACGACCAGGUGGUGGUGUCAGUGGCCAAAGUCAUUGGUGCCAUGUGCUUUGGGCAGCACUUUCCCCAGAGCAGUGAAGAGAUGCUCAGCCUUGUGAAGAACAGUCAGGAUUUUGUGGAGUCCGCCUCCUCUACGAACCCCGUGGACUUCUUCCCCAUCCUUCGAUACCUGCCCAACCCCACCCUGCAGAGGUUCAAGGCCUUCAACCAGAAGUUUGUGCGCUUCCUGCAGAAAAUAGUCCAGGAGCACUACCAGGGCUUUGACAAGAACAACGUCCAGGACAUCACCGGUGCCCUGUUCCAGCACUGUGAGAAGGACUCCAGCGGUGGCCGCGUCCUCCACGAGAAGUUUGUCAACCUUAUCAACGACAUCUUUGGGGCCGGAUUUGACACAGUCACAACAGCCAUCUCCUGGAGCCUUAUGUACCUUGUUACAAAUCCUGAGAUGCAAAGAAAGAUCCAGGAGGAACUGGACACAGUGAUUGGCAGGGCACGGCAGCCCCGGCUCUCCGACAGACCCCAGCUGCCCUAUAUGGAGGCCUUCAUCCUGGAGACCUUCCGACACUCCUCCUUUGUCCCCUUCACCAUCCCCCACAGCACGACAAGAGACACAACACUGAAUGGCUUCUACAUUCCCAAGGAGCGCUGCGUCUUUGUAAAUCAGUGGCAUGUCAAUCAUGACCAGAAGCUGUGGGAGGACCCAUUUGAGUUCCGGCCGGAGCGAUUCCUCACUGCUGAUGGGACUGCCAUCAACAAGAUCUUGAGUGAGAAAGUGAUUCUCUUUGGCAUGGGCAAGCGCCGGUGCAUAGGGGAGGUGCUGGCCAAGUCGGAGCUCUUCCUUUUCCUGGCCAUCCUGCUACAGCAGCUGGAGUUCAGCGUGCCACCGGGUGUGAAAGUGGACCUAACUCCCAUCUACGGGCUGACUAUGAAGCAUGCCCACUGUGAGCAUGUCCAGGCACGGCUACGCUUCUCUGUCAAGUGAAGAAGGCACCAGCACGCCGACGCAGGAGGAAGGAUAGGGGUCACCCACGGGCCUCAGCCUUUUUUUUCCUUUCUUUAUUUCUUUUAGUAAUGCCUUUAUUGAGAUAUAAUUCAUGCAGGAGAAGAGAAUUUUUCCCAUUUUCCCUUCUAGAUUCUUUGGCUGGCCUAAAAUUAAGUUGACAUAAGACAGAUUAAGAGGAGAAAAACAAAUUUAAUUUUGUACUUACAGAAGGCCAUAGAAAUAUGAGACUCAAAGAAGUGACCGAUGCAGGCUGCUUUUACACUUUUAAGACAAAUAAACAAUUAUUUGUGAAGAUUUGACAAAACAAAGGAGUUUGGGCUUCAGGUAGCAAAUUAAUGAAGAAGUAACAAAGUUUGUUUUUAUAGCCUUCUGGGCCUUGAGUUCCCUAUCUCAGGUGAUAAGUAUACCUGGUAGAGGAAGGAAAUCUUCACAUAGGAGACUUUUUAGUUCCUGCUUUCAGGGGGACAAAGAAGGGGUAGAGAGUUCUUCUUGUACCAGCUGUUUCUUAAGUAGCUUUAAAUAAAAAUAAUCAAUAUGCUGAAAUGGCA